CAUUAUGUACUUGUACUUAAUAUGAUAGCCUCCAUCUCCAAAAUUAAAUACAAUUCUAUUCUUUGUAAAUUCAAUACAAAAUCCCAGUUUGACCAGCACGUUUGAUUUGAAAAGGAGAAAGGACAAAUUAACUCACACUGUGCAUUACGGGUUCUUGCUGCUCUGAGCAUCUUGUGGUGACUGACCCAUUUUGAUGUGCCAGGAACCCCUUUUGUUGUGCCAAUAACCACCUCCUAAAUUGUGAUAUAUAUACUUUUAGGUUUUUCACAUACUGUUUUUUUCUAAACCAUGGAGGGCUGGUAAAUACCCCUUAGUAGAUCCCAUCCUACCCACCUACAACUCACACCUGCACUUCCACCCUCAACCCCAACAGCAAGGUCAGAAAGACACUUGGUGUCCUCUUCUGGGGGUUGGGGUAGUAGCAUGCUUUGGGAGGACCAGGGAGCCAUUUCCAGGAAAUAACUCAUGUCAAAUCCUAUCAAUUCUGGUGGUAAGAAUGGGGGUCUUUUUCUGAAAAUAAAAAUUAGACCUAUUUAUCCAGGAGAGUUUCCUGAAGGCUUGAUGUGUGAAGAGAUGGAAUAAAGUUUCUGGUGAACUUUAGAAGGGGGCUGAGCAGAUAUUUCCUUCACGCAGUUACAUUUUACAUAAAAUUUAGAAUUGCAGGUUAUUAAUGACAAGAAUUUGCCCUUUGUUAUGGUUCAUUCCUGAAAUGUCCUCUAAAAGCUCAUGUGUUGAAGGCUUGGUCACCAGUGCAGCAAUGUGCAGAGGUGGAGCUCUUGGAAGUGCUUGGAUCAUGAGAGCUCUGAGCCUAUCAGUGGAUUAAUCUAUUGAUAGCUGAAUGGUCUACUGUGAGGGGGUAGAAUCUGCAUGCAGGUGGGCAUAGUUGGAAAAGGAGGUCACUGGGGACAUGCCCCUGGGGACUAUAGCUUGUCUCUUUCCCCUUCCUCCCUCUGUCUAUCCUGAACAGCCUUCCUCUGCCAUUCCCUUCUGCCUAGAUGUUUUAUCUCACCUUAGGCCCACAGCAAUGGAAUUGACUGAAAUUUCUGAAACUAUGAGUCAAAAUAAAUCUCUUCUUUAAGUUGUUUUUGACAGGUGUUUUGGUUACAGUGAUGAAAAGCUAACACCACUCAUUGAAGAUUAUCUAGAUGCAGACACAUUAUACAUUACCUCAUUUGGAUAUCAUCAUAAUUUUGGAAGGUUCCUGGGCUUUCCUCUCACACCAAAACGGGAAGUGUACCAACUGGUCAGAGCCACUGUGGUUUAUGUCAACAACUCGACCUAGCUCACUGUCAUUUAUCCUGCCAUGUGGAGCCUGGGCCCCACAAAGCCCAACCAACCACUUUCCAUCAGGAGGAAAUUCCUCAAAGCCUUCUCUGUCUAAAGCUUGGACAGAGAUGGACAUCACACAGCACAUUCAACAGACACUCUGGAAUCACAAGAGUCACAGGGUCCUAAGACUCCACUUCAUGUGUCAGCAGCAAAAAGGUAGCUCGCUUUUUGGAUUCCAUUGGAUUCCUGGGAUCCAAUGGAAUGGUACUUCACCUUUGGACACUGCCUUUGUGCUAGUCUAUUUCAAUGACACUCAUAAAAGUGGCCAGUGGACUAAACUUCCCAGUGGACUGGAGGAAUUUUUGGAAAGGGAAUCUUAAAAAAGGGUCCGGCGAGCAGGCAGCAUCAUGUCUAUGGUUUCUGACUCUUCCCAGGAACGUUAUGGGUCUGCAAAUAAUCAGUCUGCCAAUAAUCAGUGUUCCCUUCGUCCUUUCAAAGUCAGCUUCCAGCUGCGAGGCUGGAAUCAUUGGAUCAUUGCUCCUCGUCACCAUACCCCAAACUACUGUAAGGGAUCCUGUCCUCGGGUGCUACGCUAUGGUCUCAAUUCCCCCAAUCACGCCAUCAUUCAAAACCUUGUCAGUGAGCUGCUGGACAAGAAUGUCCCUUGGCCCUCCUGUGUGCCUUAUAAAUGUGUUCCCAUGAGCAUCCUUCUGAUUGAGGAAACUGGAAAUAUUCUGUAUAAGGAGUUUGCUGAUAUGAUUGCUCAGUCUUGCACAUGUAGAUAAUAAUGAAGGAACAGCUAGUUAGGGCUGCCCAUGUAAUUGUAGAAUGGUUGAAAAUAUCAGUGUGAAAGAUAUAUGUGAUCUUAAAUCUAUAGGUCCUAUCCCUUGACCUAAGUAUUGUUACUUUAGUCUCUUCCCCCAUUUGUAAUCUACUCAGUUGACAAGACUGUGCUGAUACCAAUUUGACCUAGUCAAAUUUGGUCACUAGAACAAAUCUGACCACUACUAUUGGUCAGUACAAUUUGACCACUAGUCAGAGCCUUGAUGCUUGGGUAAGAUGGUCCUUUGAAGAUGUCCUAUUUUGUCUUUUAAAUUUUUUUUUUGUAGUUAUAGAUGGACAACAUGUCUUUAUUUUAUUUGUUUAUUUUUAUGUGGUGCUGAGGAUCAAACUCAGUGCCUCCUCACAUGUGCAAGGCAAGCACUCUGCCACUGAACUACAACCCCAGGCCUCUAUUUUGUCAUUUUUUAUUGUGACGUUUUCAAGUCACUGGCCCAAGCUGGUAGAACUUUAUAAAGUAUCCACCAAAGCCUGGGAAAGGUGGACUUUUGCUAGUGUUCAGCUUCUAAGGCUCUGGAAGAUUUGGAGUGGUAUUAGUAGCCUGAGAUUUUUGUACCCUCUUCCUCCCCUCCUAUCUCCUGGAAAUGAAUGUCUCCUAUCCAGACUGCCUGCUUCUAUGCUCUUUCCACCUUCUAAUUCUUAGACUAGAGAACUUUGUAGGUAACCGUCAUUAUAGGAAUCUUCAUGUAAACGUGUAGGGCUUUUCCUCUCAGCCUCUGCAUCUGGGAAAAGGCCCACAGGGAAGCAUCACCAUGGAGUUGUCCGAGAUGGCAACUGCUUCAACAUCACCAGCAUUUGUGGUAAAGAAGAGAAGAGCUGUCACUGCUGAUUAGGAUGAGGGAAAUUUCAAACUUUCUAUGAAGCAGUAGGUUUCACAGGAUGUUUUCUUAUUCUACAUUACAUUUAAAGCCCUGUAAUCACACCUAAAGAAAGUUCCUUGGUGGCUCAGAGACCAGGAGGCCUGUUUGGAGAAGGACAGGAGGAGAGGACUGUGGUGGAGGGGAGAGUGAGCCAUGCAGAGGCCUGGAGCUGACUUCAUUCUGGGCUUGCCUGUUUCAUAUAUCCAUUGGGCUCUGGACAUUAGACUUGGGGAGAUGGGGAUGAAUGGAACUCUGUUGUGGGCUCUGCAAUGCUUAUGCUGUGAUUCUAUUCUAUAUUCCUUUGCUGUAUUUAAGUGAUGGGAUGGGAAUGUGAUGCACAUAAAUUGAGGGAAAUGUAA